CCGCCCCCAUCAAAUAGCAAAAAGUUUUCAGUUUGGACAACCCUUUAUUGCUCGUCUAAUUAAACCAAAAAUGUCAAUGAUUGCUAAAAGAGCUCUUCAUGCUACUGUCAAGAAGAACUUGUCAGCUCCAGCCUUGUUAUCAUGUAAGACCCCCGCCCAUGUCAUUAGAGCAACUGGAUUUAUGACUACACGUUGGAACAGCACUACACAACCUUCAUCAACACAGGCCGAAGAGAAAUACUCUACCGUUACCAAAAAGGUCGUGUAUGGGUUAGCCAGAAUGAUGGGUUAUUACUCUACCGGAUCCACUGCCAUUAAAGCAAGUCAUAGUCUUUACAACGUGUGUGCAGAACAAAUGGAAUUAAACAAGGAAUUCUAUGUUAAAGAGUGUAACCUUCCUGAUAACUUUCAAUCGUGGUUCUCAGUGACGCAAUUACAUGUUUGGAUGUUGAUGGUUCACCUUCGUGCUGAAGGUCACGGAAAGCUUUACAUUCAAGAAGUAGUCAAUCGUUUCUUUGAGGAUGCUGAAGCUAGAAUUAGAGAUCAUGGCGUAAGUGAAAAUAUAGAACUGUAUUUGGAGGGAGGAGACAUUGGAGCUUACAAAGCGAACCUUACAUAGAUUACACAACAAAGAGUUAUCAACAGUUAUGUUAAGGAUUUAUUGGCACAAUUUCACGGUGGUGUGGUAGCAUAUGAUGAAGGCAUGUGUAAAGACGAUCCUGUCUUGGCGGCCGCUUUAUGGAGAAACCUGUUCGCUAUUUCUUCCAACAAUGCCACGGAUUUAGCACUUGUAGUGCAAUAUAUUAGACGCGAAUUACAAGCAUUGGAACAAUACGGCGGUGAUAAUCUCAAUGCAGGCAUUGUGAAGUUUAGCAAGCCUGAUGCCACAUUUGUAUAAUAAAUAAAUAAAAAUAAAUAGUUUUGAUAUAUAAAACAAACAAAAAA